UGCGGUCGAUCGCUUUGAAUGCAUUGCGCUUACAGUGGUCGUGCAUGUGUAGAUUCCUAAGGCACUCCUCGAUGUAUUUCAUGUAUGUGACAUGUAUACACGCUGACAUCACCUUGAAAGAUCCACUGGUUUGGGAUAAAUUGUCGUAUUUGCUCAGCGUAUCUUUUUAAACAUUAUCAGAAUUUUUAAUUGCUAUGGAAGUAUAACUGAACCGAGCUUCAAAUUUUUAAAAUUUUCUGUGGCAACUCUUGGCGAUAUUUUAUUCAUCAUCUUUCAUCAUGACGGUCAAUGUGGUCGGUUUGGUGGCUAUCAUCAUCUUUUAUCUACUCAUACUUGGUGUGGGAUUAUGGGCUUCACGGAAAAGCAAAGGCAAAACAGACUGCGAAGAGAUUAUGCUGGCGGGAAGAAAUAUUGGCUUAGCAGUAGGAAUAUUCACCAUGACAGCAACAUGGGUGGGAGGUGGUUACAUCAAUGGAACAGCUGAGGCAGUAUAUAAUCCAGAUUAUGGUCUAGUAUGGGCACAAGCACCCUGGGGUUAUGCUCUUAGUUUAGUUCUUGGUGGUCUUUUAUUCGCUAAGCAGAUGAGAUCGCAGGGAUACGUCACCAUGCUUGAUCCAUUUCAGCUGAAGUACGGUGAGAGAAUGGGAGGAUUGUUAUUUAUCCCUGCGUUGCUAGGUGAAGUCUUCUGGACAGCCGCCAUCUUGUCUGCUUUAGGCGCUACAUUGAGUGUUAUUCUUGAUAUCAGAAUGGAGAUAUCUAUAAUAGUAUCGGCGUGCAUUGCUGUAUUUUACACACUCAUAGGGGGUCUUUAUUCGGUGGCGUAUACAGACGUUGUGCAGCUUAUAUGUAUUUUCAUUGGUUUGUGGAUUUGCAUUCCAUUUGCUUUGUUGGAUGACGCAGUGGAACCGCUCUCGUUCUCUGCUACACCGUCUGGGUGGGUUGGUGAAUGGGAUCCACUCUAUGCAGGGGUCUGGAUUGACUAUGCACUACUGUUGACGUUUGGUGGUAUUCCCUGGCAAGUGUAUUUCCAACGUGUCCUGUCGUCAUCCUCUGCAUGGAAUGCUCAGAUAUUGUCGUUUAUUGCCGCUGCAGGGUGCAUAUUCAUGGCGAUACCGUCAGUGUUAAUUGGCGCAAUAGGGUCAUCAACUCGUUGGAAUGAAACUGACUACGGGAGAGAUCCAGCAGAACACGAAGAAACUGAAUUGAUCCUUCCAUUGGUGCUCCAGUAUUUAACCCCUGCAGCAGUCUCAUUCUUUGGUCUGGGAGCAGUGUCAGCGGCUGUCAUGUCCUCAGCAGAUUCGUCUGUUCUUUCGGCGAGUUCUAUGUUUGCCAGAAAUGUCUAUAAGUUGGUUUUCAGACAACAGGCUUCCGAACGCGAGAUAUUAUGGGUUAUGCGUCUUGCUAUAUUCAUUGUUGGUGCUCUGGCUACAGUUUUAGCUAUCACUAUAAAGACAAUAUAUGGUCUAUGGUAUUUAUGUUCGGACCUCGUUUAUGUCAUUCUUUUUCCACAACUAUUUUGUGUUGUAUAUUUCUCUGGCUGUAAUCUAUACGGCUCAUUGUGUGGUUACAUAAUUGGAUUCAUCCUACGUCUCGGCGGCGGCGAACCACUUCUUUCUCUGCCACCGCUUAUAGAAUAUCCACUAUUCGACAAGGAGCAUGGGCAGUUGUUUCCAUUUCGAACAUUUUCCAUGUGUGUUUCCUUCGCCACGAUAAUCUGCGUUUCAUAUCCACUCAAGUUUCUCUUCGAGAAUGAUUACAUUCCCAAGAAUUUUGAUUUUUUCCAAGCCAUCGUGAACUUCCCAGAAAGACCAAGAGAAAAGUACUUAGAUAUAGAGGGCGACAUUGCCUUACAAAAAGUGAGCCAGCAGAAGGGUCCACCUGGAAGCGAAUUGGUCAAUCCAUUUUCGGUUGACUACGGUGCAGCAAGGACCGAAUUAACUGGGUUGGUUUUGCCACCUCCAAAGACCAGUGAUUCAAAAGAACCCCUUAAAGCUGACACUCCGGAAUCGCCAAGCACGGCCAGUGACUUGUAAAUGAAAGAUUCCAUGACGUACUAAACCACUGCUUGACUAUACAGACCUACACUGUCAGUGCGCCCUCUUGUGACAGUAUUUUUAAGUGUGUAAUCUUGACACUGAGGGCAGUAAACAUUUGUGGGUAGUUUAAUUCAAUUUUUUGCAACUGUGCUAGAUAUUUGUAACAGAGAAAAUUUGGAAAUGCUGUUCAUUUUUGGAGUUCAAAAAUUGAUUACUGUAAAACAUGUUGAAAAGGCAACAUGCAAUUUUAGCGAAUUGUGGUAAAAUGACAUAAUAGCGAAAUGUUGAUUUAGCGAAUCUCUUGUCAUUGUUGAUUUCCUGUUUUCACGAUACUUAUCUGUCGCAUGCCAAAACAAAUGUGCUGUUAUCGCCUCUAUAAAAACAAAAGAAAAACUGUCAAGUGUAAUUAG